GGAACACAAAACGCAGCGGCCCAAGGUGACAUCGGGAACAUCACGUCGCAAAGUACCAAAAAUACAAUCGGACAAUGAACGCUAAUUCGACCCCACAUGAAUGCAGAUGAAACAUGAUGGAGGCUGGCCUGUGCCUCACUCUUUUGUGUGUGCUGUUGAGGCCUGUUGGGGGCGGCUGUGUGCUGCCACUGAUGAAGGGCAGCCCUGUGGGAUUUCAACCAAAGGCCAUUGCAGCGGGCCCUCAGGAAAAACUAGUGAUCGUGGACCAAAGAGGUGUGCUCCUCUUUGCUGACAUGAAAGAUUUUACGGUGCAACAGGAUUUCCAGCUUUCUCGUGAGAUGGACGAGUCCAAUAUCCAAGGGCUGGCGAUGACCAACCGCGAUAGCACGUACCUCUACGCUGCGGCGAACCAUGACUCUGAACUAGUGGAGUAUGAAUGGCACAGCUCCCACAAGGUAUUUCGGAGGUUCAAACUAUUGGGCGUGCCUAGCGUUGGCCAAGGUUUGCAAAGCCUUACCUUUGUCCCAACGCCUGCCAGUUCUCAAGAGGGCUACUUUUAUGCGAGUGCGGGGAUUUCAGGUGACAUCUACAUCUACGAGGUCCCACUGCUCAGUGAGGGGCUCACAUCAGCCAGGUCCGUAAAGGUUUGGUCGCCAGAUUCAGCUCCAAGACAUCAGGAUCACCAUGUCACAGGCCUAGAAUAUGCUGAUGGCUACUUGUUUGUAUGUUACGAUAUGGGUUCCUCGGCCUACUUGUUGAUCUUCGAGAUCCUCCCUUCAGGGCUCCCUGGCCCCUUGCAGGAGCGCCAUCAGGUGGAUGUGGCACAUGCCUCUGGUCUGGCUGUGCGAAAGGCUAGUGAGAUGGACUGGAGGAUGUUCUUCGCCUCCGAGGAGCGGAAGAUCUAUGGCUAUUCUUUCCGCUUUGUGGAUGGCUUUCAGCUACACCCCUACUGCGAAAGUCCUGAGGCCACCUGGAACUCCAACGCUGCGGCGAGGAUGCUGUCGCUGUCUCCGCUUUUGCUGCCGGUUCUGCUGCUUUGGGGGUAGCAGAGGUGAUGCGGACAAUGAACUGCCAGCUUUGUCUUGGGGAUGGGGAUCAAAAAAUGGUCACUCACCUCAACUUUGCCCUGACUGCCCUGACUGCUGCUACGUAGAGUGCGAACAGGUCUACACCGACCGGUACCAGGGCGGGCCCAUUGGUGCAAGCACACUGGAUGCAGCCAAGAAAAGCUUGGCCGAUUUGGUGAUUUUUGACGAGACCAAUCGUCCUCCAGGCGACGCGCUCUUGCGGCUGACGGAUGCUGCUGCUUUGUCGGUGGCCCAACCAGGCCAACUGGGCUGUUGGCCCUUGCUGGUGCAACGAUUGAGUGAGAUUGUCCAAGACCAUGGGAGCCGAUGGGAUCCCAAAACCUUGGAGGUUCGCGAGACGGAGGAAGCUAUUGACUCUGAAGUCUGUGGCGUACUUUUAGGCCAAUUGAAGCCGCUCCUGAGCCGCCAUUGGGAUUCUGGCUUUGAAGAAAGGGGCAUUGUGUUUUUCAACGAGGUAGGUCAGUUCGUGAACCUACGAAAGAUGAAGCACUUCAUCGCGGAACUCUUGAAGUGGCGAGCCAAACGACAAGAUUUAAUCCUGAGUCAGGUGCUGACGCCAUCGGCAGUCGACCGGGCAUUGGAGACCAAGCUCAUUUUAGCCACCAGCCAGAGGCACAAUGACAUGGUCCUGUGCUGCGGGCCAAGGAGCAGCCGCUCAGUGGCCUCGCCUCCGCUUGUCUCGCCCAACAAGGCCUGGCUGCACAGUUCACCCGGUGGCGCUGCCGGCAGUGAGGCCAGCUUGAGCUUCAGCCCUCCGCCUCAAGAAGAAGUGUCCACCCCAAAAGUCCAGCAAAAGUCCUUGGAGAAGGAGAGCCAGAGAUUGCGUAUCGAAAAUGCCGAGCUCAAGAAGCGCCUGCAGUUCGGGUCAGAGUUCCUCAAGCAGGAAAACCGCCGCCUGCGUGUGGAAAACGCCGAGUUGAAGAAGCGGCUGUACUUCGCAGGGCCGUACGCCCAAGGAUCUUCUCAAAGCUCUGUGCCUAUUUGGGUGCCGGUGCCCGUCAUGGCCUCGGGCUGUGGAGGCUGUGCGGCCUCUCCCAGCGCGAGGGGCGCAGUGCCAGUGCCACAGGCCAGCAGCUCCGAGCAGGUGUCGCCCCACUCAGUGAGAGAAGGCUCCGUCACGCCUAUCCCGCGUGGCUUUUGGGUACCCUUGCCCAGCAACGUGAUGAGCCCAACUGGUCAGCCAUGGCCUCCGGGCAGUCAACUAGUGGCGGUUCAGAUUGGGCCUGCUCAGACGCCUCCAGGGUCGUUUUCGGAGACGUCGCAGCAGGAGCGCUUCCUGCCACACAACAUCCUCUCUGACCCCACCACGGCUUCACAGGUGUCUGCCAAUACAUCCAAUACAUCGCCAGACUGUCACAGCUCUGGCUUUGUCGUUCCAUUCCAAGGUACAGAUGACCGGUGGGUUUGCAUUCCCUCCGGCAUCGUGGAGAGACACAAGGCGCAGUUUGAGGCGCCCAGCACCGAUGGCCACGAGGAGCUUGCACAUUCCUCUGCUCAAGCGAGCACAGAAGCUCGUGGCAGUGGCAGCGCUUCGUGAGUCAAAAA